GCCCAUCGAGGCUUCCCCCGCCUCCUCCAGAAGUCCGCGGCCCGGCCAGCACACCCUGAGCAGCCGCCCCGCAGGGCCGCGCAGUGCCGCGGCAGCAGCUCCCCGCCCGCGCCUAGGUGCGGCCGCCUCCUGCGGGAGGCAGGGCGGGCGGGAGCUGCGCGCCACGGGCGCGGCUUGCCGGGGGUGGGGUGAAGUGCGGAGGCAGGAAGGAAGGAGAAAGCAAGCAAGCAAGAAAACGAGCGGCGAGCCGCGGGGACCAAAGAAAGCUGAAGCAAUCUGAGGUCCUACUGUUCCUCCUCGCCUCUCUCUUCCCUCUUCCCCCACUGCUUUGCGCCCGAGGUUUGCAGUCUUGCAUGAAAUCAGUUUGAAGGGAAGAAAUUUGAAGCAGCAUCCUGAAGAAACUGCUGUUCUCCAUUGGCUGCCUCACCCCAGAUGUGGGGGGCUCCAUUGCAUCCUGACCUGAUUUCUAGAUGACUGUGUGGGGCAACAUUCGGAAUGAAGCUGCCAUCAUGUCAUCAUCCACUGAGAAUGGCACUGAUAUUGGAGAUUUCUUGGCCAACAUUAACUUGGGGCAGUAUCUGCCUAACUUUAAGGACUAUGGCUAUAAUGCUGUGACAGAUUGUGUGGGAAUGGAUAACAGUGUGCUCCAACAAAUGGGAGUGCUGCCUACAGGGCACCGCAGAAGGAUUCUUAAGCAUUUAGAUGCCACUCUUUCCAAAAUGCAAGGAAAUUCUCUCCUCUGUGAAAAUCCAAAACUCAAAGACUCGAAAACUGCAGAAGAGAAGCAAUAUUCUUCCUCAAAUCCAGAGUCUCCAGCAAGCACUUCAAGUGUAGAUGGGCCCAGCUUGAUACCUGCAACACUGUCAGAACAUCUUCGUAGCAAAGCUUGCAUUGACAAAGAAAGGUUUGAACUUGCAGAGCAAAACUCAUCAGAGGCAAAUGAUGACAACUUUACAAACGAGGAUUUUUCUAGUUUAUACCAGAAUUCAGACAGCAUACUAAAAGCCAUUAGUCUAAGUGGAAACACUAAGACACAUACUCGAACAGAUACACCGCUGGAAGAAGCUGCUGCAUACCAAGCUGAUGAGCACUUGUCUGGCUCUUUGACAUUUGGUGAUUCUCCUUCAUUUGCUCAUUCAUGCGAGACAAAAUGCAACGAAAACAAACAUCUCAUGUUUGCAGAUGAUGAUUUAUCUGAUAGCCAGCCGAAACCUCCAUUCUUUAAGUUUAAAGGAGAAAUGGUAGAGAAUGACUUAUACGAUUCCUGUGCACAAAACUGCACAAAGGUGUUUCCAAGAGCAAGCAGAUCUUUCAUAUUAAGGCAUCGACCUGUACCAGAAAUUCCCGAAUCGAGUAAAGUUCAAUCUUCCUCCAGUUCCCUUCAGAGAAGAAGAAAUGUGGAUCUCAUAAAUAUUUCUUGCGCUGGGAAGCCAAUUUCACAAAACAAAGCUUUCACAGAAGAAAAGCCACCUGUCAUCUCUCCAUAUGGGGAAACUUUUAUUUGGGACAACCCUAAAGAUGCUCAAGAACUUCCUGGAAAGGAAUUCAUGGCCUGUGAAAAUAAAUUUGAUCUGGGAAUGAAUGAAGAGUAUUCUUCUAGCAAGAGUCUAUGUCCCCUUAAUAAUCAGGAAGAGAAGACAAAGGAAUUUGCUAAAACUGAAUCCCUGUCUCAGGAAAACAAAUCAUUAGCCCCAGAAGAAUCUGAAAGUGAAUCUGUAUAUUCUAUGGUGGAACAACGUUCUUUGCCUUUGAAGAGGAAGAAAAAUAAAUCCAAGAUACACACAGCAUCUUCUAGUAAGAUACAAAGUGGAGAUUCAGAUGGCUUGGCCAAUGAACAAAUGCACUUUCAACAACUUGACAGAGAUCAAAGCUCGAGUGGGAAUGAAUCAAUAACGCCAUAUGCUUGUUUUUAUGGACCAUCAGUAAAGAAGGUUAAAGCAGGAUGGCUGGAUAAAUUAUCCCCUCAAGGCAAACGUGUGUUCCAGAAGCGUUGGGUUAAGUUUGAUGGAGAGAGCAUUUCUUACUACAACAAUGAAAAGGAGGUGUUCUCAAAGGGAAUAAUACUGCUGUCAGCUAUAGCAACUGUAAGGGUUCACGGGGAGAACAAAUUUGAGGUGGUCACAUCCCAUAGGACUUUUGUGUUCCGUGUGGAUAAAGAAGAAGAAAGGAAUGACUGGGUUAACACCAUGCUCAAUGCCUUGAAAUGGCAGUCUGAUAAUAACUCUCACUCUCGAACUUCUGUCGCCCCUGAGAAAAGUGGAUAUCUUGAGCUGAAAGGAUACAAAGCCAAAAUCUUUAUUCUGCUUCAGGGGAAUACUGUGUGGAUCUGCAAAAACGAGCAGGAUUUUAAAACAGGAUUUGGUAUCACUUUAAUCCCUAUGAACGUGGCAAAUGUAAAACAAGUGGAUCGGAGUGCCAAGCAAUCUUUUGAAAUAAUUACUCCUUAUAAAAGCUUCAGCUUUACAGCAGAGUCGGAAAGAGAGAAACAAGAGUGGAUUGAAGCCCUGCAGCAAUCGAUAGCAGAAACUCUGUCUGAUUAUGAAGUAGCUGAGAAGAUUUGGUUCAAUGAGUCCAACAGGAGCUGUGCUGACUGUAAAGCUCCCAGUCCUGACUGGGCAUCCAUCAAUCUCUGUGUUGUCAUUUGUAAGAAGUGUGCAGGGCAGCACAGAUCAUUAGGACCAAGAGAUUCAAAGGUUCGGAGUCUGAAAAUGGAUGCCAGCAUUUGGAGCAAUGAGCUUAUUGAGCUCUUUAUCACCAUUGGAAAUAAAAGAGCAAACAGUUUUUGGGCAGGAAAUCUUCCUCCAGACGAAGAACUGCAUAUGGAUGCCCCUGCAGAAAAAAGGAUAGCAUUCAUUACACAGAAAUAUAAAGAGGGAAAAUUCAGGAAAGCACCUUUUAGCUACAAAACCAAGGAACAGUUGAAUAAGGCCCUGUGUGCUGCUGUAGUUAAACAAGAUGUGCUAGAAACUCUGAUGCUGCUCUUCAGUGGGGCUGAUGCUAUGUGUGCUACUGGAGACCCUGUUUACAGUACUCCAUACUUACUAGCCAAGAAAGCUGGGCAAAGACUGCAGAUGGAAUUCUUGUACCACAAUAAGUUCUCAGACUUCCCAAACUAUGAUCCCAGUUUUGAAAGUGGCUUCUCUGAAGAUUCUUCACAUUCCACCUUUCUUUGUGAAUUCUUAUACAAAGUUUCUUCUAAUACUGCUAAGCUUCUUACCGAGAAGAAAUUAAAAGAAGAUUGCAACAGAAGAUGGUGCACUUUGGAAAGUGGCUUUCUGAGCUACUAUGAAAAUGAUAAAUCUACCACUCCUAAUGGUAUGGUCGACAUCAGUGAAGUUAUCUGUCUCGUAGUGCACAAGUCAGACUUCUCUUUAAACAGAGGGGACAUCUUUACCUUUGAAAUCUACUUAUUGUCAGAACGUGUUUUCCUGUUUGGAGCUGAAACUGCAUAUUCACAAAAAAAAUGGACUUGGGCAAUAGCCAAGCAUUUUAUUCCUCCUGUGGCUGAGUGCUUGUUAGAGAGAGACUGUGACCUGCUGGGCCAGCUGUACUACAAAGACUGCCAUAACCUGGAUCAGUGGAGAAAAGGCUGGUUUGCCAUUGAGAAGUCGAGCCUUUAUUUUUGUCUUGAAAUGGAGAAUGCAGAAGAAGAUUCCAUAUAUCUAAGGAGGCUGCAAGAGCUAACAAUCAGUAGUGUGAUGCAAAAUGGGGAGAAAAUAGACGUCCUGCUGCUGGUUGAGAAAGGAAGAACACUAUACAUCCAUGGCCAUACAAAACUGGAUUUCAUGGUCUGGUAUACUGCAAUUGAAAAAGCAGCAGGUACAGAUGGCAAUGCUUUACAAGAUCAGCAGCUCAGCAAAAAUGAUGUUCCUAUUAUAGUGAACAGCUGUAUAGCAUUUGUUACACAGUAUGGUUUAGGUAGCAAGCAGAUCUACCUUAAGAAUGGUGAUUCUUCCAAUGUGGCUGAACUGCUGGAAAGCUUCAAAAAAGAUGCAAGGAGUGUUAAACUAAGAGCAGGAAAACAUCAGCUUGAAGAUGUGACUGAUGUAUUGAAAUGUUUUCUUUCUCAAAUCGAUGAUGCCCUUCUCAAUAAAGAACUUUAUCCAUUCUGGAUCUCUGCAUUAGAUACGCAGAAUGAGAAGGAACGUGUCAGGAAGUAUGGCUCCUUCAUUCGGACGCUUCCACCAGUCAACAGAGCAACUCUGGCUGCUUUAAUUGAGCAUCUUUACAGGGUGCAGAAGUGUUCUGAAAUCAAUCAUAUGAACCCUCACAAUCUAGCCAUGGUGUUUUCCUCCUGCUUAUUUCAAACUAAAGGCCAAACUAGUGAAGAAGUCAAUGUGGUUGAAGAUCUAAUUAAAAAUUACGUGCAACUUUUUGAUAUAAAUGAAGAGCAGGUCAAACAAAUGGAUAUAGAGAACAGCUUUAUUACCAGAUGGAAAGACACUCAGGUUUCCCAGGCUGGAGAUUUGCUUAUUGAAGUUUAUGUGGAAAGAAAGGAGCCAGACUGCAGCAUUAUAAUCAGGGUAUCACCUUUGAUGGAAGCAGAAGAAUUAACUAAUGAUGUUCUAGGGAUCAAAAACAUUAUUCCCAACAAAGAUGAUAUCUGGGCUGCUUUCGAAGUACUUGAGAAUGGAGAACUGGAACGUCCUCUGCAUUAUACAGAGAAUGUACUGGAACAAGUUCUUCACUGGGGUUCCCUCCAAGAGCCUGGCACUGCAUACCUGAUAAUAAAGAGAUUUGUAACAGCAGACAUGAUAAAAUCCUACAGUGAGAAAAGUGAGAAUGGCAGCGUGAAAGCAGGCAAUCUGAAGUACAAAGAAGAACCAUCAAAACUACUCUCUGGAAACAAAUUUCAAGAGCGUUAUUUUGUGUUACGGGAAGGAAACUUGCUUCUGUAUAAGGAUAUGAAGGCUAGCAAACCUGAGAAAGUGUUGCCUGUCAAUUCCCUGAAGCUUUAUCUUGGAGUGAAAAAGAAAAUGAAGCCACCAACAAACUGGGGACUUGCACUGUUUUCUGAGAAGCACCAGUGGUAUAUAUGUUGUGAUGGACACGAUGCACAGAUGGAGUGGAUGAUCAGCAUUUUUAUUGCUCAGCAUGCAGAUAUAUGGCCACCAGCUGGAAAAGUAAGGAAACAGUCCAUAACUAAAAGUCCAAAGAUUGGAGGCUUAGCACUAAUACCCAUUCAUCAAGAGAAGAACACUUGUAAAAUCAGAGGAGGUACAGAAAACAUAGAAGUGCAGUCUGGGAAACAGAGAUUUGGUGAGCACCGUGACAAUGACUUUGUGGAAGAAAGGAAAAACUUGAAAGAAAAAGCAUCUCUGGUAGCACAGUGUUUGGAAAGGAAGGAAGAGAAGGGGAGGAGAAACCAUGCCAAAAUGCAGCGGGGCUUCAUCUCCGUGGAGGAUGUGGGUGAGAGGAUGAAUGACCUCCACCAAAGACCACAUAAGGCACUGAAGAAAAAUAAGAACAAAACAAACAAAACUACUUCGGAAUUAGGUAGCAAAUUGCCCUCAAACGUGAUCCAGGAACUGAACACAGUGCUGCAGAAGAGCAGAGCACUUAAUGAUGAAACCUCCUGCUGAUUUCCUGAUAGGAAGAUGUCUCUGUGGGUAUUUUCUGGGCAAAAGGAGUCUUUUUUAAAGUGUGAGUUUGUACAGUGCAGAGGACAUGCAAUGAUUUUGUGUGUAGCUGUUGAUUCUGUGUCUGCGUGUGCCACGUGUUGUAAUUUAAGAUUGAACUGGGACAACUGAUUACAUAAAACUCCUGAAACUUGGAAGUUUUCCUGAGCAGUGCAAUGAAACCAGGAGUUUGUCUAGUUGUUGUUGUUGUUGUUGUUUUAGAUUUUGUUUGAUAUAGCAAUUCUAAGCACUAUGAAAAGCUUUUGCUCCUGUUUAUAUUCUAUAACAUCUCAUAAGUCCUGGAGUUUGUCUAGUUGUUGUUGUUGUUGUUGUUUUAGAUUUUGUUUGAUACAGUAAUCCUAAGCACUAUGAAAAGCUUUUGCUCCUGUUUAUAUUCUAUAACAUCUCAUAAGUCCUGGAGUGAUGUUUUUGGAAGGAAGACAAGAUACACUCUGAAAUUCAUGCUGUUAGCUUGCAAUGUUUUGAAUUGUCUUAACACUAUAAAAAAUGAGUAACAUCUGCUUUGAAAAGUGGAGGGGUUUUAAUGUCACUUUUAUAUUUAAUAAUAACAUUAAUAUCUGCUUCCAGAGAUUUGUCCUCUAACAGGGCAGCGUGUGGAAGACUCUCAAGAGGGAGAAAAAUGUGAUGGAGAAGAAAUGUGGUAGAAAAGAGAAUGUAUUACUUCUCAGAACUGUCUCUCUUUGUUCUGCAUCUGAUUAUGACAUCUCAGCAAUGAGAGAGAAUACUGAGGAUGCAAAAUGUCUUCAAAGCAACAUCUGACUUAAAAGACUGUGAACUGGAAGAGUGGCAUCAUCUCUCUUUGCUCAGCAGACUGAAGUAAUUUUGUAAACAGACCUUGGUUAGCUCAAGGUGAAAAAGGCAGACUUUUUUUUUCUGUCAUUGUUUGGACAGAGUUUGGUACUGACAAAGUCACUGGCACCUGAUGAAUAUUUAAUAUUUGCAUAAGAAAUUAAUUCUCUUGAGAAAAAAAGGGUCCACACACAAACAUAUUUAUCAGAAGGGUGCAUGUAGUACUAGGACAAGGGGCAACAGUUUUAAGGUAGGGAAAGCUAGGUUUAGGUAGGACACAGGAAGUUUCACCCCAGUGUGAAUAGAAACUUCUUUACUGUGGUGGUGCCAGAGCCGUGGAGCAGGCUGCCUAGGGAGUCUGUGGUGGAGUCACCUCUGGAGGCUUUCGAAACCCACCUGGAUGCAUUCAUUCCUGUGUGAUCUGCCUUAGGUGAUCCUGGCUUUGGACUACACCUCAAGAGCUCCCUUCCAACCUGGUGUUUUCUAUGAUUCUGUGUCAGUUAAGAAGUGCCAGUUACUUAAUGGUGAAGGGAUUAACUCCUCCAUUUACCAUGGGGACAAAAGUGAACAGCAUGCUGUUUGCAGGGACUAGGAAAUGCUGCUUGUACAACUGCAGCACGGCUCUCCCAAACACAAGGAGAGGUCCUGGAGUUGAGACAACAGCCUCAUUUGCUGCACUCUGAGUAUGUAGGUGGCACUUGGCUGAAGACAGGUGUGCUGCCCUGCAGCUAUUUUGGUUAAGGCCCAAGUUCCUUAAGUUUAAAACCCCAGAAUCUGGCUCCAAAGCCAAACCUCUGUGAGCAAUUGAGUUUUCUUAGUUGUUUUGUGGAUCUUGCUUUCCCCCAUCCCAUGGCACUGCCCCCAUUCCUCUCUCACUGCAUAUCCCAGUUUUUAUUUUGUCCCAUAACAGCUGGAUGGGCAAAAGGCACAGGCACUGCUGUGCUGAGGCUGUUUCCAGGGGCUGCAGAUGCUGCCUGGUUAAGCAGCAGGACCAACAGAGCAGGGAGCUAAUGAGCUCACUCUGCACCUUUGCUUCAGGGAAGGCAUUAGCAGCAGAAUCAGCUUUAUUUUGCUGCUCUGAUUAGCCACCCUGCCACAGAUUUUCACCAGCCUUUUAAAAACUUAAACUGAUGCCUUUAGUGCUCCUCAAGUUUGAUUGGAAUUGGCCAGACCUCUUAGGGUAAAAGAGAGAAUUUUAAACUACUUCUUGUUUAUCAGAAACUGUUUCAAGUGGUAUUUUAAUUCCUUAAAAUUUCUGAGGAAAAAUUCCAUUUCCUCAGCACCAAUGACAUUUGAUAUUUAUUAAUGGCUAGUUUUGAAGAAGCUUUAUGUUGCUGCUAAAUUUCUUCCCCUACAGAAGCAGUAUGCUCACUUUUCUCCCCUCUUCUAUUUUUGGUAGUCACAGGUGCUGCAACAUUUCUCACAUCAUUUACUUUUAUUCUUGAUUGCUUUGAGCAGCUUAAUUGGGAGAAGAAUUUUUGAUUGAAGAAAUGAGACAAAUGACUCAAAUAAUGUAUCUGGCAACUGUGCUUGGAUGUAUAGGAGGAAAAUGAGACCAAAAUUAAGUAUUUCAUAGUGGUUACUAUUUAUUCUUCUGGAAAGCAGCACAGACAAAGUAAGUUUUAGUCUUUCAGACUUAGCAGAUUUGACCACUUGUUAAAUGUGAAACAAGUUUGUAGAUUUUAAUUUUCCCAGUGCACUAUUGACUGUUUUGCUGUCUUUAAUUUGUAAUUGAGGCUCUUCUAAUUGAAGCCCUGGCUGAAGAAAGCCUGGACUUAACUUGUAUUGACUCAAGCCGAGGCUUAAUGUUAAUAAGCACAUUCUUAAAUGCUGAUUUAAAUUGAGGCCUGAUGCCAUCAGGAGAAAUUGCUUCACUUUCUGUCUGAGGCUGGACCUGGAGGUACUGUUUACAGUUGUACUUUUUCUUUGCAAAUAUUUUUCAGUGUUGAGUUAUGGUUCUUGUAUUGUUUAUCUUUUUAUUGGCUUCUUAAAAAUGACAUUCACCUCGCUGCUGAAAGCCUCAUGCAUCAUUUAAGCCCCUACACUAAUGGAAUAAAUGGAGCAGCGUAAGGGGUUUGUGCAUCGAAGUGAAUACGUCCAUGAAGAAAAUGGUUUGUGGGGUUUUUAUGUUGGAUCUAAGGGCUACAGAAACAUUUGUUCUAUUUCAGACGCAUAUAACAGCUCAACUCUCUCUCUAGCUGCUCUUAACAGGCCCUAAAAAAUCAAGAAGAAAAGAUGUUUGCUAAAACACAUUUAAAUUUGGGGUCCUGCGUCACGUUGUGUGCUACGUAUGCCACAGUGUGUAUGUGUGCACAGAGUUGUGUGCACAUCCACAAGUCGUGGCAGUGGUAACCCAAAGAAGAGUUUCUUUGGGAAAAGUAGAAAUUCCAUUGGCAAUUAAUGGUUUCCAAAAGGGAUCAGAAGUUUUCUACCACUGAUCUGACAUAUCACUGCACUACACAUUUCACAGACUGAUUUGAGACCUGCAGAAUAAAUGUGUUUUGUUGCAAUACAGUAAUGCCUGCUAAUCUUUUAAUUGUUCCUGUGCCAUGUUGUGGAAUGGCAAAGGAGGUGUAAUUGCUAGAUAUUAAGUGGGAGGUAUUUGAAUAAAUGCUACUUCUCUAAAACAGCCAAUGGAUUUAUUUUUGUUUUAAACUGGGGGGGAAAAAAGAAAUGAAUAAAGGUGUUUUUAAAAA